UACACGCUGUGUUUGCGAGACCCACUACAGUGAACGCGAAGAUGGCGGAAGCUCCCUUACGGACCAGCCGGUAUUUCUGUCACCGAUGUUCUGAAGAGAUUAUCCCUCGUCUCCCGGAUUACACCUGUCCACGGUGUGACUCCGGCUUCAUUGAGGAGUUACCUGAGGAUCAAAGCACAGAGAAUCCGUCAACAUCCACAUCAUCCACCAGUGCUCAGCUCCGUUAUCCUUUUGAGAAUGUGGACCCGCAUCUGUUUACCUUCCCACACCCGUACGGGCAGCUUGCUCUGGGCAUCUUGGGCGAGGGUUUUGAUCUCCGGACGGGCAUGUCCUCGGAGGACAUGCGUGAUGCCGAGAACCCGCGGGAGCGGGAGAUGGCAUCACGCCAACGCUACGGGGCCAGACAACCUCGGGGGCGCCACAUUCCCCGGAGACAAGGGACCCGGCAUGAAGGAGUGCCCACUUUAGAGGGGAUUAUUCAACAGUUAGUAAAUGGAAUCAUCACGCCAACGGCUAUGCCAAACAUGGGAAUGGGACCAUGGGGAAUGUUACAUUCAAAUCCAAUGGACUAUGCAUGGGGUGCCAACGGCUUAGACGCCAUUAUAACACAGUUAUUAAACCAGUUUGAAAAUACGGGUCCCCCUCCUGCAGACAGAGAAAUGAUCAAAAACCUCCCAACAGUUCAGAUCGCAGAGGAGCAUGUGGGAGCUGGUUUAGAAUGUCCCGUGUGUAAAGAGGACUACACCGUGGGGGAGAGCGUUAGACAACUUCCAUGCAAUCACCUCUUUCACAAUGACUGUAUAGUGCCCUGGCUCGAACAGCAUGACACAUGUCCGGUGUGCAGGAUGAGCUUGAGCGGCCAGAACACAGCCACAGACCAACUUGGCUUAGGAAUGAACUUCUCACCUUCCUCAUCAUCAUCGUCCUCCGCUAGUUCCCCCAGUAAUGAGAAUGCUGCCAACAACUCCUAAAAUACCUGCAGGCUUUUCUCACUCACUUACACACAGACACAGCACACUCAAAGACAUACAUAUACACACACAAAAACCCCUCAACAUUUUAUCAUCUCAGAGAGGGGGCGUGGCCAAUCCUGUUAAAGCUCAAAGCCCUGACUCGUAUCUUGAUAACGCAGCCCUGAGGAACCUCAGAAUGUUCUAGGUUGUCUAGUGUUCCAGUUCGCACUUUGUUCUGCCGUUACUGAGAAUGAUGUGAGGGCUGAGCUGAAACCUGAUAGUCUAGAAAACACCCUUUAAGGCAGCACCUCAUUAUCCCCUUCAUCAUCAUUAACAUCAUCAUCAUCAUCAUUAACAUGUGACUCUCUGGACCAAGCGCCAAAGGACAUGUCCACAAGCAACGGGGGAGAGAAACACACAUACACACACCCCUGUAUUCCAGUACUUUUUAUUAUUGAACUGGAGCAUGAUUGU